GUAGCCACAAACUGGUGUUUCGACAUACCAACACAACUCUCGAUCAUGGCUCCUCCGGGCUUGCUCUUGAAUCCACCAAAACUAGGGGUCUUGGAUCCACCAAAACUAGGGUGUUUCAGAAACAACCCUCACAGAGACGCCAUAAAAACUCCACGUUCUCUCUGCUAUGCAAAAAUUGCAGCCAAUUUCGCUCCACGCCUUACUGUUCGCGCAGCCGCCGCCUACGGCAAUCCCCCUCUGGACCCACAUCUGCGCUGCCUCCCGGGCCAUAUCAAGGAAUUAUUGGAAUUAUUCCCUAAUGAUACGAAAAUACCGUUGACUGAACUUGUUCACCCUGAUGUCCGUGAUCUUUUCUUCAUUGGUGGCUUCAUUGGUGGUGUGAAAAAGUGGGCCUUGCCCUUAACCCAUCCAGAUAUUCUAAAGCCGGCUCGUAGGGCAGUCGAACUGUACAACCAGGAGCAGAAUGCAAGGCUCGAGUUUGUGAGUUUGCUAGAGGCAUACUCAGUGCCUGCGCGCGGUUUCAUGUACUAUCUCACUUUGGAGGCAAUGGAUGAUGGUGUGAUGAACAAGUAUGAAGUACAAAUUUUAAGUGAUGCUGGCAAAUUGGGCACUUUGGUGUUGGAAUCAUUUUGGCUCGUUGCGGACAACAAGGAAACUUAUUAUACGUCGCUGUUGUCGUGGCUCUCUAGAUUAAAGGGGUGUUUGAACUCAAUUCUAAUGUCGUAGAUAACUUAAUUAUGUUAUUCCUGUUAAUUAUGCUAGGGGUAUCUUGUGAAGUCAGCUACUCUUUUUCUUGGAUAUUGCAUAGGAAAGGGUAUAAUCAAUGUGUUUUUAUCUCCCAUGCUCUCUCUCGU